UACGGUACACCCCACACGCGUAAAACUCAGCCAGCUGCAAAUAUUUUUUUCGCUUUCUUCGUUCAUCAUGGCUGAGGAUUCUUGCGCCACCCGCGACCAGCCAUUCCGAGACCUCCUUCUCUCGGUCUCCAAGCAACUGAGCGAGUCGGACAACGUGGAGGGGCUGCGCUACCUGGCCGACCUCGGCCACUCACCCAGCUGCAGCGCCCUCGAGCUGCUCAAGGCCAUGCGCAACAAGGGAAUGUUCUCGCCCCACUUCUGCUCCCCGCUCGCCGAGCUGCUAAGAAAGAUCGAGCGACACGACUUGGCGGACGAAGUCAUGAACAAAUACGUAGCCGUCUUCCCCGAUCAGGCCUCUCCGACGGUGACAGAAAGGGGGAGAAAUGGCCGCAGGAGAAGAUCUGCCACUGAUCCUCUUCCCCCAUUCUCAAAAUCCACGUCCAGCAAUCUGGACUCUGUCUCUAGUGGACCCACGAGUCUCACACAGGGUUUCGUCGAAGGACAGAUAUCAGGGGACCACCAGUGCGGGGGCUCGCUCGAACACGCUACUACAACAAGUCAGUCCGGUUUAGACGCUCAUGAACAAGGGGCAACCCCACAAGAUUGUCCUCACAUCCCACCGAGUAAAACCAGCAUGUCUCUCAGGUCUAUAUCUCAGAGUAGUCAAAUCAGUCACUCGUACCCGAAUAGCUAUUCCUCAUCCAACAGCAGUAGCUACAACUCUUUGAACUCGGCUACUGAAGCUGUUCUCGAUCGAGCUUCCACAAUGCUCUUCCACCACGUCACAGCUAAUCUCACCAUAAGCCUUCCUCGGGGACAAGAGUUUACUAAUACAUCAUCCGCAGUUCACUUUGAGCCAGUGGCACAGACUCUUCCAUCUAGGAUCGCUCCUUUGUCUCUUGUACACCCAGAGCACCCAGGAGCGUUGGAGGCCAUUCGUGUGAGUGAGAUAUACAGCGACCAGGAAGAAGGUGGCUAUGAAGAAAGAAGAGAUACACUUGAAUGUCCAGCUGCCAUCGCUAGUCGCCACAAAAAAGCCCGGCAAAGGAGACUCCAACCACUCCUCGCAGCAAACGAGAGUGACAGCCUGCACCCUGAGCAGAAAGAUUUGGAGCUGUCAAGAACGCCACGGGCCUCUCUACUACUGCAAGACGAUACUGGAGACUUGGAAAAUAAUAUGAUGACACAAGGUGUGGGGAAGGAGGCUGAUUCUACUAAUCAGCUACCUGCGCCAGAGGGUGCUGCUAUAGGCGGGCCUCGCCAGGCAAACAAGCCAGGAUUAACUUGCAAGGAAAAACAAUGGAAGAAAUGCCUGAACAUAUUCGGGAAGCACAAGACAAAGCGGAACUCUGGAAAUGCUAUCACGUGGCGGGUUCCGAGAGACGACUUGGGGAAACCGAUUUGGAAUCACGACGAAAAACGCUGCAUCUCGCGAUCGCACAAAUUUGAGCUGGACACAAAUCUCGGUCGACACAAUCCAAAGUUGUUGUUUCAACUCUACCCCUACGGGGAAUCC